AUGGCGAUGAAAGAUUUUAUGAACGCCCUCAAAGCUCCUCCAAUAAUUCAGAAACGAUGCCUAAGCUCAUCGUUUGAAACGUUGCUUUCACAUCUAAGAGGAUUUUGCAAUAGCAAAUAUAAACUUAGUGAGAUUAGUAACAUAAGUAGAGCGAAUUCCAUGUUAGAAAUCGAGACACAUGGCAACACUGAUAUUGAUUUAUUGCAAAAAUACAUUUAUCAUUGCGGUUGUGAAGGAGCGAUCGAGCGAGCGAUGGGUGAUGCGAGGAAAACAAGCAGUAAAGGAAAUAAGAGCCCUUACGAUGAGCUUCAUAAAUAG